AUGGGAGCUGGGGAUGUGAUUGCACAGCAGCUGGUGGAGCAGCGGGGGCUGCACGGGCACCAGUGCCUCCGCACCCUGAAAAUGAUGGGCAUCGGCUUCUGCUUCGUGGGCCCUGUUGUGGGCAGCUGGUACAGGAUCCUGGAUUGGCUCAUCCCAGGGAAUACUAAAGUUGUGGCUGUGAAGAAAGUGAUCCUGGACCAGGUUGGUGUGACAUGGGGGGGUUUUGCCCCGUGCUUCCUUGGCUGCUUCCUGGCUGUGACAGGGGCUGUGAACGGGCUGUCGGUGCAGGAUAACUGGUCCAAGAUCCAGCAGGACUACAUGGAUGCCCUGAUGACCAAUUACUGUAUCUGGCCGCCCGUGCAGGUUGCGAACUUCUACUUUGUGCCUCUGCAGCACAGGCUGGCUGUUGUCCAGUGUGUUGCCAUCGUCUGGAACUGCUACCUGUCCUGGAAAGCGAAUCGGAUGUGA